GAUUCACCAAAAAAAAAAAUCCAUUAUUAGGCGGUGUCUCUUUCCUCCUGGCUUUUCCCGCAUUUGGAUCUCCGCAAUCCGAUCGUCUUCUUUUUCGAGCGAGCGAUCUCCAACGCUAGGGUUCUUCAUCUGUCUGUAUCACAUUUUACAAAGUCAAAGCAAUGGAGCCAAGAGCAUUCGCAUUGAAUCCAUAUGCAGCAGCAUACAUACCUCUGUCCAAAAGAGAGAGUAAUGUUGGUGAUGGUGAGUUUCUGCAUGCACAAGAUCCUACGCAUUUUGCACAGAGCCAACAACACCAUGUAUCUGUCGACCAAAGAGAAAAAAGUUAUCCAAGCUCUGAAUCGUUGAUGCCGAAUAAAUCAUCUGAUGCGACAUACAAGCAGAUGAGUGAUGAAGAUCUGGAGAUGGACAUGGAUAUGGAGUUCCUUAUGAUGACAUUCCCCGGUUUAUCACAUGAGUCCAUUGCAAAUGUAUACUUAGCGAACGAUGGUGAUGUAGAAGCAACCAUGGACAUGUUGACCCUGCUCGAGACGCACAGCCCUGAAACUGAAAACCUCCCAGACACACUGGACAUUGGCGACGUAUCUGAAACUGGGCCUUCAACAUCAAACCCUUCAAAACCAAAGAACGCUGCCAUGGAGGCCGCCGCUGCUGCUUCUUCUUCUUCUGGUACCUACGAUGCUCCUCCAGUUGCUUCCUGAGUUGACGAGUCCUUUUGUGAAGUUUUCAGUACCGUAUAAUCUGCAGUAAUGGAUGAUAUUGAUGAUGAUGAUGAUGAUUGUAUCUAGGGAUAAGACCUUUUUUUCCCGGGGAAGGGAUCUGUCUUUUCUUUUUUUCCUGUUUCCUUUCUAUAGAGGGGGGGGGGGG